UCUUGUAUAAAUUGACCAGAGCUUGACUCUGUUUUCAAUUAGAUCGAGUCAGUCGAAUUGGUUUCUACUCAGUGGACGGAUAAUUGAACGGAGAACUUCAAGACCUAACAAUGUUGAGAAUUGCUCUGGUGGUGAUUCUGUUCCAAGUUGUUCUGCAAACUGCUUGCACCGAAGCACUUUGCUGUGAUGAUAUCAGAUCUGAUAUAAAAAAUCGUACCCUCGCUUACAACUUAUUGUGUUCAAAACACGAUCCACAGCUUGGAUCAUGCUGCCGUGUCAUAGAACGGAACAUUCGCAAGCAUAAACUGGCGCUCAGAAUACUGUGUCCAAACAACGAAACCGACCAUUGCAAGUCAAAUCCGUGCGGCCCUAAUGCUGUUUGUGUCAGUAACUCUAACCACUACACAUGCACCUGUAAACCUGGUUAUACUGGUCCGGGAACCAACUGUACAAAGAUCGACUCUUGCUCGUCCAAUCCUUGCGGCUUCAAUGCUACAUGCACCAGCCAUUCAACUUACUACACAUGCACCUGUAAACCUGGUUAUACUGGUCCAGGAACGAAUUGUACAAAGAUCAACUAUUGCUCGUCCAAUCCUUGCGAUGUCAACGCUGUUUGUGUCAGUAACACUUACAACUACACAUGCACCUGUAAACCUGGUUAUACUGGUCCAGGAACCCAUUGUAAAGUUAUUUCCGGAAAAAGUUGUGCUGAUCUCUAUAAAUUAGGGGUGAGGCAAGAUGGUGUUUAUACCAUCAAUCCUGAUGGCCUGGGAUCGUUCAAAGUCAGUUGUGAUAUGAGCAAAGACGGGGGAGGCUGGACCGUGUUCCAAAGAAGACAAGAUGGAAGUCAAGAUUUCUACGUUGGAUGGUCCGACUAUAAAGCAGGCUUUGGUGAUCUUAACGGCGAGUUCUGGCUGGGUCUUGAUAAAAUACAUCGUUUAACGAAAUCUGGCCAGAAUGUUCUAAGAGUUGAUUUGAUGGAUUUCAGGGGUGCUAAACGUCACGCUAAAUAUGGCACAUUUAGUGUGGCUGAUGAAUCAGACAAAUACAGAUUGACUAUUGGAAGUUAUCGGUCAGGUUACGCAGGUGAUUCCCUUGAUUAUCACAAUCAAAUGCAGUUCACUACCAAGGAUAAUGACAAUGAUGCUUGGAGUCGUAAUUGUGCUUCGUACCACAAAGGAGCUUGGUGGUACAAGAACUGUUUUCGAUCCAACCUCAAUGGCCUGUACGUGGAUGCAGGUCAGAUUAAUAGCGAAGGAAUAAACUGGUACCGUUGGAAACUUUCAUACUACUCUUUUAAAAAGUCGGAGAUGAAAAUUCGUCCAACUGUUUAGUUUCAAAAUAAAGACGAGGUUUAGGAGAGACAUAAACAUAGUUACGUCGAAGAACCUCGAGGAUUAUUUCUGAAUCGUUAACCGAACAAUGUAAAUUUUGAUUUCAGUCAGCAAAACAUGCCGGCUUCAUCGCUUCGUCAAAACUAUAAUCAUGUUUUAGAAAUAGUUAACGAGG